GCGUGCGUGCCCAACACCGAGACUAAAGAAAGCGAUGCUGCCAAGGGCGUUGACGAGCCAUUGCUUCUUCCUGCAGCCCUCUUCAGCUUCAGAGAAGGUAGUAGCAUGAACAACGCCACAGGGGGUCCCAAGCUUAUGUCCCUCCAUUUAUUAGAAGAAAUUACAAAUGGUUUCUCUAAGCACCGGAAACUUGGAGGGGGUGCAUAUGGAGAUGUUUAUCUGGGAGAGCAUAAAGAUGGAGUAAAGAUUGCUGUGAAGGUGCUUAAAGACGUCUUAGACCUUGACGAUGAGCAAUUUGAAAAGGAGUAUCGCAACCUUGCAAUUCUAGAGCACAAAAAUGUUGUCCGGUUAGUUGGCUCUUGCAAUGAAAUCAAGGGAGAAUAUGUGCCUCACGAUGGAAGAACGGUUUUUGCUGAAAAGGCUAGGAGGAUGUUGUGCUUCGAGUAUAUGCGCAACGGAAGCCUUGAGACUUUCAUUUAUGAUGAAUCUAAUGCAUGUAAUUGGCAUACACGCUAUGGUGUAAUUAAGGGGAUAUGCGAGGGCUUGGAAUACCUCCAUGAGAAACUAAAACCUGAUCCUAUGUAUCAUUUAGAUUUAAAACCAGCCAAUGUAUUGUUAGACGAGAACAUGUCACCAAAGAUCGCAGAUUUCGGCGUGUCAAGGUUGUUCUUAGAAGAAAAAACAAGAAAGACAAACAGUGGUCUAGGAACACUUGGGUACAUACCACCAGAGUACAUACACGAAGGCUUGAUUUCAAGUAAGUUUGAUAUAUUCAGUUUAGGUGUCCUGAUCAUAAAGAUAAUGACCGGACGAGAAGGCUACUUCAGAAGUGCUGAAAUGUCUCCCCAACAGUUUGUUGAUCUUGUACAUAUGGACUGGAUGAAUAGGCUACAAGCGCCACAUGCCUAUUCUAUACAAGCAAGGCGGUGCAUCGAAAUAGCUCUAAGUUGUGUCGAGACUGAUCGACGCAAAAGGCCAAGUAUUGGGGCAAUUGUCAGUAAUCUGAAUCAGACAGAGUAUGGAAUCCAGAUGUUUGACUCAUUAAGAAAUCGCUCGGGCCACCAGUUGUGCCCUUGCAUUUGCAGUGAGAAUGAGAUGCUGGAUAUCCUGAAAAGCAAAUCGAUCUCUUACGCACUCCAUGUAGCUGACAAUAAAGGUAGGGCGCACGAAGCAACAAUAACGACUGCUGGUAACACGUCAACCUUUCAGCAGCCGGUUAAACCGAGAAUCAAGAUCAUAGACUGCAUGGACGGUUUGAACUUCAUUACUACAAUGGACAUGCAUUCAACAGAGCCUUGGAUAUUGGUUGUUCAUUACGGUGGGAAUGUAUCUAUUUGGAACCAUCAUAACCAGACAAAGGUGAUGGCAUUCCGAGCUAAAACAGGACUGCUGACAUUCGGAGAUAAACCAUACAUCCCGACAGCUAAAUUCGUUGAACCGUUAAUGGGUUUUGUGACCGGCGAUGAUAAAGGAUACAUCCACGUGUACUCAUAUGAAAAAGCGGAGAAGCUGCAGAAUUUUAGAGGUCACGCGGAUCGCGUCACCUCACUGGUUGUUCACCCCAGUGAACCAUUAGUGCUCUCGGCAUCUUGGGACAAACUGAUCAAACUUUGGAACUGGGAGGCUGGCUGGCAGUGCAUACGGACAUUCGAAGGACACUCGAGCAUUGUGUGUCAAGUCAAGUUCAACCCGCAGACUGCGGGAAACACUUUUGCUAGUUGCUCAGCUGACUUCACGAGAAAGAUGUGGAACAUGGAUUCUCCUACUCCUGUCGCCUCAUUCGUGUGCUAUCCGGAAUCUGGUCUUAAUUAUUUCUGCCCGGGCGGGGCUUUGCAGAUGUUGGUUACAUACACCGAUUGCAUGGGGAUUGCACAGGUAUGA